UGUAUAGUUAUAUGUCACGUUUGUUUAUCUGAUAUUUGAUUUAAUUCAGAAUGGAAGAGGGUAGUAAUGUAAUAAUACGUUUAGCAAUUGAUGUUUGUGAUGAAUCAAAAACUAAAAAACGUACUGGAAAAGUUCCACGCAUAUAUACACCUGGUGAGAUUGUUGUAUCUGAGUCUGGAUUUAUGAGAGGACAUGGCACAUACAAUGAGGAGAACGAUAUAAAAUCAUCAGUAGCAGGUGUUUUAGAGCGAGUUAAUAGAUUAAUUUCUAUUAGACCACGAAAAUCCAGAUAUGUUGGUGAAAUUGGUGACGUUGUGGUAGCACGAGUAACUGAAGUACAACAAAAACGUUGGAAAUUGGACACCAACUCAAGUGUCGAUUCUGUUCUAUUGAUAUCAUCAGUCAAUCUACCAGGUGGUGAAUUGCGUCGACGUUCAGCAGAAGAUGAACAUAUGAUGAGAAAAUAUUUACAAGAAGGCGAUUUAGUUUCAGCAGAAGUACAAAAUAUUUUUGAAGAAGGUUCACUUUCAUUAUAUACUCGUUCUUUGAAAUAUGGAAAACUAUCUCAAGGAGUGCUUGUUAAAGUGUAUCCAUCUUUGGUGAAAAGAUGUAAAGCACAUUUUCACAACUUAUCAUGUGGUGCAUCAAUUAUAUUGGGCAAUAAUGGCUACAUAUGGAUACAACCCACAUCAAUCAUUCAAGAUGGUGGCGAUGGUGGUUUUACACAAAAUCUAAGUGAAAUCACACCGCUAUCAGAUUUGCGUACAAUUUCUCGUUUACGCAACUGCAUUUUAGCAUUAGCUAAAUGCAACAUUAUGAUAUACGACACCAGCAUACUUUACGCCUACGAGGAAUCUUGGAAAUAUGGUGAACGAGACUUAUUGCAAAUGGAGAAUAUACAGGAAGUGGGCAAAGCAACAUGUCAAAGAUUAAAUCAACUUCAAAGUUAAGGUAAAUUUUAAUUAUUAAAGUUUUGUAUUAUACUUUUACACCACCACAAAUAUUGUUAAUAAAUAAAUAUAUUUUCAAGUAAAU